UCUCAUCAGUGGCAUAUGGCUUCUAUCCAGAAGAUACCCGGUCCCUGCAGUCCAGAGGGGUACAGUGUACAGAAUGAGCAGGCCUGUUCUAGAGAUCCAUCAGUCUAGAUGCUACUCUUCUGGAGGAAGAAAGGGUUUUAUAUCAGGUUUUGUGGAGAACAUCAAACAGGAAUUAGCAAAAAACAAGGAGAUGAAAGAAAGUAUUAAAAAAUUCCGAGAUGAAGCUAAGAAGCUAGAAGAAUCUGAUGCGCUUCGAGAAGCGAGGAGGAAAUAUAAAACCAUUGAAUCAGAAACAGUGAAGACCUCAGAAGUGAUUAAAAAGAAACUUGGAGAAAUAACUGGUACAGUUAAAGAGAGUUUGGAUGAAGUAAGUAAGAGCGAUAUUGGCCGAAAGAUAAAGGAAGGUGUGGAAGAAGCAGCAAAAACGGCAAAGCAGUCUGCGGAGUCAGUGACAAAAGGAGGGGAGAAAUUAGGCAAGACAGCAGCCUUCAAAGCUAUUUCUCAGGGAGUAGAAACCGUUAAGAAGGAAAUAGAUGAAAGUGUUUUAGGGCAGACUGGUCCUUACAAACGUCCGGAGCGACUGCGAAAAAGAACAGAAUUCGCAGGCGAGAGGAUUAAAGAGGAGCGAAUAUUUGAAGCUAAUGAGGAGGCCAUGGGUGUGGUGCUGCAUAAAGACUCAAAAUGGUAUCAGCAGUGGAAAGAUUUCAAGGACAACAAUGUGGUCUUCAAUAGGUUCUUUGAAAUGAAAAUGAAGUAUGAUGAAAGUGAUAAUGCGUUCAUUCGAGCUUCCAGAGCCGUCACAGACAAAGUCACUGACUUAAUAGGUGGCUUGUUCUCGAAGACAGAAAUGUCUGAAGUUUUGACAGAGAUACUCAAAGUGGAUCCGUCCUUCGACAAAGACCGUUUUUUAAAGCAAUGCGAGCGGGAUAUAAUCCCCAACGUCUUGGAGGCUAUGAUGUCUGGAGAGCUUGAUAUCCUCAAAGACUGGUGCUAUGAAGCGACUUACAGUCAGCUCGCUCAUCCAAUCCAGCAAGCCAAAGCCAUGGGUCUCCAGUUCCACUCCAGGAUUCUUGACAUUGACAACAUCGACCUGGCUAUGGGGAAGAUGAUGGAGCAGGGACCAGUAUUAAUCAUCACUUUUCAGGCUCAGGUCGUGAUGGUGAUUAAGAACCAGAAAGGGGAAGUGGUGGAAGGGGAUCCG